CAACUAAACAUCAGCCAUAAUAAUUCAUGUUCUGUUGUGAUUGACUUACCCAGCAUGGAUGAGUUAGUUUAAAUCAGUGUGUUGAUCCAAAUCUGUGGUGUUUGAAAUUUGAAUUGACAUGUAUCAUUGCAGUGCAGGCUAUUUACUAGUUUGUCUUAUUUCAUCAGAAUAAUUUGUGGUGUGAUGUAAUGGUAAUAUUUUGGUAGAGUAGCUUAGAUCCAUAUUUAUGCUAUGUACUAAACACUUAACCAUAUACAAUUCUUUUUUGUAAAAAAAAAAACUGUUUUAAUAAUGAUAAACUUAUUUAAAAAUAUGUUUUUCUUUUGAAAGAACAGAGAGUCUGAAAUCUUUAACUUUGAUAUCUCAUUCAUAUAUUUGGACUUUCAGUAGAAUGUUUUCAAAAGCUAUCUUAUAGGUUUUUUCCUAUUAUCAUACAAAGGUUAAGAGGACACACCAGUUCCAUUGCUCUUGAGAGUUUGAUAUGUCAACCAACAUGAUACUGGUACUUCAAGGUUUUAUUAUUUUAUCCACUUUUGUUAUAAACCUAAAUGGUUUGAAUCUAAAUGGUAAGCAGUAUAUGAUAACCCAUCCAUCUAAAGGCAAUGGAGUCUCUGAAAGAGUAGUGUACAGUAAAGAUGGUCCUCCAAAACCAUGGGUGGCAAGAAGUGUGUACAACAGAACAUAUCUGAAAACUGGUUGGGACACUUUUGACAUUGAAACUAAUCCUGAAAUUGACGAUGCAGAACAAGCUUUCCUUGCAGGAUAUUUAGAGGGUGUGGAAACACAAGCUGCUGUAUACGACCACUUCUACAAUACCAUUCAAUCCAUGUGCAAUGGAACAAAAGUAUGUCAAAAGAUUCAAGGCUACCUGGACACGAACACACAUUGGAUUAAGGAGAUGAUCAAACAACACGCAGCAUCUGACAUCUACUGGAGACAGAUAAAUUUGUUCUAUCAACAAAUGGCUGGGCUGAUGCUGGGAUACAACAGUGUGGCUAGAGCUGAUAAGAAACUAGACCUCAACAACAUCAUGUGGAUGAAUUUCAACUGGGAUUUUGGAGAUUUGAUGUCUGCAUUUACAAAUGAGACAAACAAAGUUCUUCAAGGAAAUGGUCAUUGUUCAGCACUUGUUAAGUUACUGCCAGAUAUGUCGGAUAUUUUUGUGGCUCAUAACACUUGGACAGGUUAUGAGAACAUGAGGCGCAUAAUCAAGCGGUACACACUGCACUACAAGCAAGUUGUCGCUACUUCUGUCAGCUUCUCUGGUUAUCCUGGUAUUUUGGUGUCAGGCGAUGAUUUUUAUAUCACAAGCGCGGGACUUGUGAUUCAAGAAACCACCAAUGACAAUAACAACGCUUCACUGUGGUCUCUUUUAAAACCUAUUGGACAGGUUCUAGAAGUGGUACGAGUAGCUGUAGCCAACAGACUCACAGACGGAGGUCAAAGCUGGUCCAAGAUGUACUCCCAGUACAACAGUGGAACUUACAACAACCAAUGGAUGAUUGUAGACAUGAAGAAGUUCACACCUGGAUCUGUUAAGCCAGAUCUGCUGUGGAUAGCUGAGCAGAUGCCAGGUUAUAUCAGGAGAGAGGACAAGACGGACGUGUUGAAAUCCCAAGGUUACUGGGCCAGCUACAACGUGCCUUACUACACGGACGUCUUCGAGCUGAUGGGCAACCAGCAGUUGGUGAAGCAAUAUGGUGACUUUUUCACUCAUGAGAAGUCUCCGCGUGCCCAGAUAUUCAGAAGAGACCAAGGGAAGGUGACCAACCUUCAUACUAUGAUGUUGCUGAUGAGGUCCAAUGAUUACGAGCAUGAUCCAUUAUCUCGCUGCAACUGCACACCUCCAUACAGCUCAGAAAACACUAUUUCAGCCAGGAAUGACCUAAACCCAAUCAAUGGGUCAUACCCGUUCCCGGCCCUCAGCCAUCGCUCUCAUGGCGCUAUUGAUGCCAAGGUGACCAGUUACCAGCUGUCGAAGGCUCUAGGCAUGUUGGCUGUCAGUGGUCCCACCACUGGGGCUCACCUCCCUCCCUUCCAGUGGAGCAAGAGUGACUUCAACCACCACAUCCCUCAUCGAGGACAUCCCGACACCUUUCACUUCCAGCCUGUCCUCAUCUCUUGGCCACAUCAAUAAACGGUUUAACCAGUUCCAAUGUGUAAUCUGGGAAGGAAUAUACUACCACUUAAUGUCUAAAGGGGUUCAUUUAUAGAAUUUGUAUAGCUGCUUGCAAGUUCAUUUUAUAGUUGAAAAUAUUUUACAUUAAAUAUUAACUUUGACUGCACAGAA